AUGAAUAUUGUCAACGACUCCUUUCGAAACCCCACUGUCUGGCUUGACUCUACUACGGCUGUGAAGAUUGCUAUCUAUAAUGAAGACCAGUGGGUAGCCUACGAUAAUGAUGAGACCAUUCAAAUGAAAAUGGAUUUUGCUAACGAGAGAUCAGAGGCUAUCUCCAACUCGACUGACGUAUUUUCUGCUGAAGGAGAUAGCAAGGUAUACGUCCUCCCUAAAAUCUGGGACAGCGAUUCCCCUAAGGUCUCCUGUCAGCCUCCUUACACGUUCAUUUUGCCACCAUUUCCUUUAAAUAAAACGCAAACUGUGACUUGGCCAUCCGUUACCACUCCGGUGAUUAUCAGUGCAGAUGGAACUACUUCCACAAGUAAGACAAUCAUCUCGGUUCCGGACUUCGUCGUGACUGGGCUUCCUUUCUAG